AUGUGGCAAUCUGCUGCCGCAGGUGGCGAGACACAAAGAGAGGCACCCUUGGACCCGGUGCCGGAAGAAGCUCCUGCUGCACCAGCAGCAGAUGCUCCCCCAGCUAACCCCGCCGCUGCUGGGGAUCCGCCAAUACAGGUACCGAGAGAAGAAGCUCCUCCCGCCGAUGAUGCGCAACGAGAGCCUGUGGACGAUGGUGAUCAGGGCGCUGCACCCGUUCCGAAUGAGAAUGAGAACGAGCACGUGGGACAGGCGGCAGCAGAAGCAGAGGGAGGGGCUCAGAAGUGA